AAUUUUAUUUUGUUAUUAGUGUUUAAGUUAUAUUUUUGAGUAAUCCAAUGUUAUUGAUGAUAAAUUUUGUUUAUUUUAUAUUUCGAGAACUUUUGAAAUAUUCCAAAAUACAGGAACUUGUUUAUGGCAAAAAGGUGAAAAAGAUUUCCUCACAAAUCUUCAAAAAAAAAAAAAAGUGCUAUUUCGUUCAUAAUUUUUAUGUAAAUCUUAAGUCAUCGGUCAAGUUUCUUACAAAAAAAGGAAAUAACAGGAACUGGAAGGCAUCUAUAUCUCAAUGAACGAGCACACAGGAAAUUUGAAUAUCGAAAACUGAAUACAAUUUCGGAUUGUGAUGAAAACACAUGGCUUUCUAAUGGCGUUGAUUCUUAUUUCUCUCAAUUGUUCUGUGUUAGUUCAAAAUUAUUAUAAAAAGGAAAUAAAGAGAAGAACACUUAAUACAUCUUAGUAAAAUUUAUAUUGUUUUAGUUGAAUAAUUGUAUUGUCUUUGUGUGUGUGAAAGAUUCUGUAUGACCUUAAUUAGGCUUGGUGAUGUGUAUUUGCAAGUGGUGUAGGGAUAAGACUGUAAAAUUCCUACAACAUAGUUGACUUCAAGGACAUAAUAUUCUUGCUCAAAAGUUGCAAAUUGCAACGAACAGCAAUGCAAGGAUAGAAUUUUCAAGCUUGUCAUCAUUCUUUCUUGUUUCUCAUCUGUACAAUACAUGGGUUUUCUGUGAAAGAAAUAAUAUGGCUGCUUCUACUUCUUCUAACUUUAUGCCCGAAAAAUAUGAUGUUUUCAUCAGUUUUAGAGGGGAGGAUACUCGUGAUCAUUUUACAAGCCAUCUUCACGAAGCAUUGCUUCAGAAGAAAAUUGAAACCUACAUAGAUAACAUGCUUAACAGAGGAGAUGAGAUCUCACCAGCAUUAAAGAAAGCUAUAGAAGAGUCAAAGGUGUCAGUCAUAGUUUUUUCAGAAAACUAUGCUUCUUCCACAUGGUGCUUGGAUGAACUCGUGCAUAUAAUUUGGUGCAAAGAAGAACUGGGGAAGAUAGUCAUUCCUAUUUUCUACAAUGUGAAACCAUCUCAUGUCCGGGGACAGUUGGGAACCUAUGCAGAUGCGUUGGCUGAGCUCGAGGAAUGUUAUCUGGGGAAAAUAGAUAAAGUACAUGAGUGGAGGAAGGCUUUGAUCACUGCAGCCAAUCUAUCUGGAUGGGCUUCAAUGCACGUCAGCCCUGAUUCAAAGUUAGUGAAAGAGAUUGUCGAAGACAUUUUGAAGAAACUCAGUCGUGUACCGAUUGAAGACUUAAAGGGUUUUGUUGGAAUGGAGAAACGCAUUGAGAAGAUAGAAAGAAUGCUGGAAGUUGGAUCGAAAAGUACUCGUAUUGUGGGGAUUUUUGGUAUGGGUGGAAUUGGUAAAACAACUCUUGCUAGAGUUGUAUUCAACCGUUUUGCUUCUCGAUUCGAAGGUUGCUGCUUUCUAUUGAAUGUUAGGGAAGAAUCAAAGAAACACGGGUUGCCUCAUGUACAAAGUAUACUUUAUUCUGAGCUACUGGAAGAAGAUAGACGAAGUACUUCAUAUACUAAGAAAAGGCUCCACUUUAAAAUGGUUCUUGUUGUACUCGAUGAUGUGAAUGAUCCUGAACAAUUAGAAGUUUUAGUUGGAGAUGGGAAUUAUUUUGGCUCUGGAAGUAGAAUUAUUAUAACAACUAGAGAUGAGCAAGUGCUUAGGAACAUCAAAGCUAAUGAAAUUUACAAGGUUGAAGAAUUAAAUGAUGAUGAAGCUGUACAACUCUUUCAUUUGGCUGCUUUCCAAGAAGUGUCCUCUCCGAAGAAAAGCUAUACAAAGUUGGUAGAUAUAGCAGUAAACUAUGCUGGAGGUGUUCCACUAGCUCUGAAAGUUUUGGGUUCCUUCCUCCGUUGCCAAAAGAAGGAAAAAUGGGAGACUGCGUUGGAUAAAAUAAAGAAAAGAUCGAGCAACAAACUUCAAACUAUAUUGAAAACAAGUUAUGAUGAACUUGAUGAUAGUGAGCAGAGUCUCUUUCUUGACAUUGCAUGUUUCUUUAUAGGCAAUGAAAGAAAUUUUGUUGAAAGAAUACUAAACUGUGACAUAGAAGUAGAUAAUCUUGUUGAUAAGUCACUUAUAGUUGUAUCUCUUGACAACAAACUCUGGAUGCAUGAUUUGAUACAAGAAAUGGGUCAAGAGAUUGUUCGAAAAGAAUCCAUCAAAGAGCCUGGACAGCGUAGUAGGUUGUGGAUUGCAGAGGAUAUAUAUCACGUGCUGAAGAAUAACACAGGGACUGAAGCAGUUGAAGGAAUAUGUUUAGACAUGUCUAAGACUAGAGAUAUCAAUUUCAACCCUGAGGUCUUCCAAAAGAUGUAUAAUCUAAGAUACUUGAAAAUUUAUAAUUCACCAUAUGGUAACAGGGAGAGCAAUGUGUGCCCUUAUGAAGAUCUAGUGUAUUUCUCUGAUAAGCUUGUAUAUCUACAAUGGGAUGGAUAUUGCUCUAGAUUUUUGCCAGAAAAUUUUAUUCCAGAUAAUCUCGUAGAACUUAUCAUGCCCAAUAGUCGGGUUGAUAGGCUGUGGAAUGUAAGCCAGCCUCUAGGUAGCUUGAAAAAGAUGGAUCUUAGUUAUUGCAGAGACCUUGCUAAAGUUCCUGAUCUUUCUCAUGCUUCGAAUCUAACAACUCUUAGUCUCCAAGGUUGUCGUUCUCUAAACAAGUUUCCGAACCUUCCUAUGAAUGUAACAAGCUUAAACUUGAGUAAAACAUCCAUUAAAGAAGUUCCUGAUAUCUCUCAUGCUUUGAGUCUAACAACUCUUAGUCUUCACGGUUGUUAUUCUCUGAACAAGUUUCAAAACCUUCCUAGAAACAUAAGAAGCUUAAACUUGAGUACAACAUCCAUUAAAGAAGUGCCUUCAUCAAUCGAGUAUGUAUCUUGUCUUGAGAUAUUUGAUCUUACUGAUUGUUCAAAGCUGGAGAAUCUUCCCACAAGCAUUUGUAAGUUAAAAAAAUUACAAGGACUUUACCUCUCUGGAUGCAUGAGAUUCAAAAACUUCCCAGAAAUCUUAGAGCCUAUGGAAUGCCUAGUGGAACUCGAGUUAGAUAGAACAGCGAUUAGAGAGCUCCACUCGUCGAUUGAGAAUCUAGUCGGGCUUCAAUCAUUGCACCUAGAAAUGUGCAGUAACCUUGAGUCUGUCCCAAACAGCAUCCAUAACAUACGUUCUCUAGAUUAUGUUAGCCUCUGGCGCUGUACCAAUUUUAAAUCUUCACCGAGCAAUGAACUUUUGCUGUGUCCAGAUUGGCCCGAGUCAUCAUCAAGUCUUGAUGUUGAAACUACGCUUAUGGGGGGUUGGAAUGACUUCUCCAAUAUUGGAGAUGAAUCAAGACGUUAUAAUUUCUUCCAUAGAGUCCCUGCAGGUACAGGUUUGCCAUGUUCAAGUCAAGAAGAUUACCAUGAUCCCAUGAUUCUAGACUAACAAAUUAUCAAGUUAUACUCUUAAUACUAGUACACUACUACUAUACACAAGUAUUUUCCUUUUUUGCUCACAAUUUGAACUCAGUGUAGGUGAUGUUAACUUAGUUUUAACUCCGACUUGAUAAUCAUGUUUUUGUUUUCUACACAAAGCAUAUUUGGUCAAAUAUGUCACAUGCUUUGUUUUUAAUCAAGAAGUGGUAGACUUCAAC